UAUCAGUCAAGGUGUUGUCUCUCAAUCUAAAUGACAUACCUCAAAAUACACUAGCUGAAAAGGUUUUUUAAAAGCAAGAAUUUAAAUUUUUAAACGUGAUUUACAUCUACAAAUAUCUCUUUCAAUACGUUAUUUGGUUAAUUAUGGCGGAAGAUCAAGUUGUUGUUGGAAGUCCUGAGAGAGAUAUACAUGUCACUGCACUGGUGCAAUUGGAGAAAGUAGAUAUUUCAAACCAAGAAGAAAAUGAAUCAGAAUUGUAUAAAAUGCGUGCUAAACUGUUUCGGUUUCACACAGACGAUGAGGAUGGUGCUAUGUGGAAAGAACGUGGUAUAGGAGAUGUCAAAAUAAUGAAGCAUAAAACUAAAGGAACGUACAGAUUAGUUAUGAGACAAGAUAAAACUUUAAAACUUUGUGCCAAUCAUGCUUUAACGAAAAAUAUGAUAAUCGAGCCUCACUCAAGUAAUGAAAAAGCUCUCAUAUGGACCACACCGUCGGAUUAUUCUGAUGGUGAAUGCAAAGCGGAAACAUUGUGUAUUCGAUUCGGAAAAGUAGAAAGUACAGAAGCUUUUACUAACGAUGACGAUAAGAAAGACACGAGAGAGAAACUAGUUGACGAUUUAGCUUCUAUGAAAGUAAAAGAAGAAAAAGACGAUAAUGACAAUACAACUAAAGAUGUAGAAAGUAAGAACGUUGACACGAAUUUAAAAAAAGAGACAGAGAAAGCAGAUGAAGACAAAAAGGAAUAGCCGCUAACCGUCUUUCUGUCUGUGGAUGGAAAUAACGAUUACCAGGAAUUGUGUCGUCCUUUGCGAGUGCUCUCUGAGGGGUAUUUCAAGUUUUAUCAAUUGGCUGGUUAUGUCCACGAUACUAAUAUUAUAAUAUACUAACUCGCCUUGUUCAGUUUUUAAAAACAUUCAACGCCUCCUUGUAUUCUGAAUUCUCAAAUGUUUCUCCUCCCUGGCUAUUUCACAAUACAUUUUUUUAAAAAAACGGCCGUCUUGGAAAUUUUUAUCUUUUAUAUUCAUUGAUGACAUGAAGUCCUGUCAGCAUGUAUGUGCUUAUUGUUGGUUUAAAAAUGUUUUAAAAAAUAUAACUAAUUACUGAAGAAAUAUAUAAUAUAGACCUAA